ACUCUUGCAUUUAAUAACCCGACAGCAUCUCCGGCCAUAACACACAAAUGUGAAGUUCCACCGCUAGGUUUUUUUCGGUCUGAAGAUGGCCGAAGCGGUGAUGGAGAUUACUAAUCCAUCCACGGAGAUGCCAACCGUUGCGGCGGAGCCAUCGCGUGUAGGACACCAUGUGCAUAAAAAUCGCUUACAGGAGUAUGCACAAAGAUCAGGAUUACCACUUCCGUCGUAUUCAACUAUUAAUGAAGGUGAACCACAUGCACCCAGGUUUCGGGCUACAAUAUUGUUAGAUGGGUUGCAAUUCACUUCUCCGUAUACAUUUUCUCAACGAAAAGAAGCAGAACAAGAUGUUGCAAAAAUUGCACUUGAAUUUAUAUCUGUAAAGUUUAAAAAUGAGGGUUCUUUUAAUAUUCGCAAGGACCCGGCAUUUUGCAAAUUGAUCCUUAAUGAGUAUGCAGCUAAGCUAAAGAAAGGCAGACCAUCAUAUACCACUAGUCAACAAGAUGGACUUCUUCCAAUAUUUACCACAACUGUUAUUUUUGAUGGGAAUACUUAUGUUGGAUUUGCUGGAAGGAGCAAAAGAGAAGCUGAACAAAAUGCAGCAUGUGUUGUUAUUGAUUCUAUUUUAGAAAAUUCAGCCACUGUUACUGACAUGGCUCAAAUUAUCAAGACAAAGGGUAGACUUUAUGCAACGGUGAAUUGUAAUGCUACUGCUGGGAAUCCUGCUUUGAGAAGUCAAAUUAAUAGUGAUGAUCCUAAUGCUGCAAUUAAUGGAACAGAGCUAAUGGCUGCUGCAGCCACUGGAAGUUUACCUACUGGGUCAAGUUGGGUUCCUUAUACUUCUCCAUGGGUGAACAUUGCUCAAAGCAAUCAAAUAAAUUAUCAGAUGCCAUCUCUGGGUUUGCCGAUGACUGCUGUUAGUUCGCAAACUAUCAUUUCAAGAAACAAGAAAAAGAGAUUAAAGAAGAGGAAAACUAAUCAAUCUAAGAGAAGAAUAGUUGGUGAAGAGCCGUUGACCACCGCACCCCUAUAGGAGGGAGAGGGAUGAUUUUUGCUGCUGAUCUGCUAUGGAUCUUUGUUCCAUGAGCUAUUAGGUCUGAGGAUGUAGUUAUAGUGUACUGUUGUUUCUUUUGUUUUUUUCCUCCAUCUAAACCUCAACCUAAUCCAGUGGAAGCUUGGGGGAGAUUACAAACUUAGUUUUGUCCAACUGCUUUGUUUUGACUGUGAUAUUAGUUUUUUCACUGAUUGUACAAUGACCAACAACAUUGCUAUCUUGGAGCUAUUUCUUGCAAAUCUAGUUCCGUAAAGCCUGCAAUAUUCCAGUGCGGUGGAAUGCUGUAA